AUGAUUUAAAAACCAUUUCUUUAUGUUACAAAUCCUGAGACUUUCUUAAUAUACAAAUAUCAAUAUUAAGAUGGAAAAUAUAAAAAGAUUGGACCACAUAUUCCAUACGAAUUUGAAUUAAUGAAUGUUAGAUAAUAAUAAUAAUAUCGAUAAUGGAAAGCCUUAAAAUUUAUGAUGUGGAGUAUAUUCAAUAAAGAUAAGAUUUAAAAUCCUAUUGAUUUUCGAAUAAUUCUAUGCAGAUUAAUGGAUCUAAAUACAAAUGUACUCUUGGCUAUUGUUAGUACUUUUGGAUUGAGAUAUUUCCUUCUAAAAUUACAAUCUCCAUUUAUGGAUUAUUAUUUUGAAGAUAGACUAAUAACAUUUCCAAAAUUCAAAAAGUAAUCAAUUGCUAUAUUUUAUAGAGGUUUGGCUUAUUCUUACUUUGUUUUUGCAUUGUAUUUUGGAGUCAAAAGUGUAAUCAAUUAGGAACAUAUAUUUGAUUUAAGUUUAGAGUAUGAGUGA